CAAAGUGUUUCAGCCUACGGGACUGAGUCACAAACAGCAGAACGAUUUGCUUUUUUGCAAACGCAAGAACUGCAGUUGAGGAAAGAGAAAGACACACAAGAGCUGAAGUACAUACAAAUGGCAGUUAACCUGAGCAAGAAUGGGGCAGCCUUGCAAGCAGCUUAUAAAGAUGUGUGGGAUGAAAAAUCUAAAACGAACUGGGCUCUCUUUACUUAUGAAGGGAAUACGAAUGACAUCAGAUUAGCUGGUAGUGGAGAUGGUGGCUUGGAGGAGCUGGUGGAGGAGCUCAGCAGUGGAAAGGUGAUGUAUGCCUUCUGUCGAGUACAGGAUCCCAAUUCAGGACUUCCCAAAUAUGUCCAGAUCAAUUGGACAGGUGAAGGAGUCAGUGAUCUACGGAAAGGUACAUGUGCCAAUCACGUCAGUACCAUGACAAAUUUUUUAAAGGGUGCACAUGUGACAAUAAAUGCUCGGGCUGAGGAGGAUGUUGAACCAGACAGCAUCAUGGAGAAAGUAGCCAAAGCAUCCGGUGCCAACUAUAACUUCCAUAAGGAGUCCAGCAGAUUUCAGGACAGUGGCCCUCAAGGACCAGUGGGCACUGUCUACCAGAAAACAAAUGCUAUGUCUGAAAUCAAGCGUGUUAAUAAAGAUAAUUUCUGGGCCAAAGCAGAGAAAGAUGAAGAAAUUCGUCGACAGGAGGAGAAAAAGAAGGCUGAGGAGGAACGUUUGCGACUAGAGGAGGAACGCAAAAAAAGAGAACAGCGAGAAGCAGAGGAGAGGGAAAAAAAGUUUAAAGAGAGGGCUGCAAUGAUUGACUCUCAAAAGAAGUUCCAGCAGCAGCAGGAUUCCGAGAGCAGAGUGCAUGAAAAGCAGAAAUGGGAGGCACUUGAAGCAGAACAUCAGAAGGCUGCACGGAAGGGCUUCAAACGCAGUGAGUCUGUGGAGAAGGCUCAGGAAGCAGCAGCAGUCAUCUCACAAAGGUCAAACAAUCCACGAGAAGUCUUCCGGCAGAAGGAGAAGAGCAUGUCAUAUGAUACAGGGGCGUUGCCUGUCUGCUCUCAGCCAGGAAAACUGAGGAGCCCCUUCCUGCAAAAGCAGAGUAGCCAGCCAGAGCCUCCAGUGUCCCCUGUUCGCACAUCAGUCCGAGAGGUGCCUCCUGCUUCACCUGUGCGUCUGUCAGAGCCAGAUGUACAGGAGCAAAUACCGAAGCAGCAGGAAGAGAAGAGAGUGCAGAAUGACUGGAAAGAUGACCAAGACAGUGACGCAACAUACAGUCAGGUGCCACCAGAGCCUCAGAACUUGGAACAGCAGGAAAAAGAACAAGUGUACCAGGAGCCACAAGAAGAAACCGAUCUCUAUGAAGAGCCACCUCAGGAAGAAAAAACGCCAGCUGGCACUGAGUACUCUGGUCAGUAUGAAGCCCUAGAGGACCUGGUAGGGAAAGGAUUGUGCGCCAGAGCACUUUAUGACUACGAAGCUGCUGAUGACACAGAGAUCACCUUUGACCCUGAUGACAUCAUUACGAACAUAGAGAAGAUCGAUGAAGGCUGGUGGCGAGGUUACGCUCCAGAUGGCGGAUUUGGGAUGUUCCCUGCAAACUAUGUGGAACUUGUUAACGAAUAAAAGGACUUCUGAAUGCCAGAGGAAAAAAAACACCACCAAAAGAGACCAAAACCUUCACAAGAUGAUUGAAAUAUUUUACACCCAGUUGUAUGUGGAUUUGCUGAGAAAAAUAAGAAUUUAUCUGUGAAUUUCUGAAUGUUGGGGGGUGGGGGUGGAACCUGCUGCCUUUUUUCAUUCUGUGAGAUGCAAUCCUGUUAGGUAAAAUAUAUGCAGUCUGCUUUAGACCAACAAGGGAAGAAACAUUAUUGAAUAAUACUAACUUCUUCCUUCCCGGUAGGUCUGCCCCCCAGUUUCUUCUCUUUGCCCAUGAAUUGUUGCCUUCUGUCAUAUGGUAACCAAGCUUCAUGAUAGUAGCAAAGGUACGCCAGUUUUAUUUAUUCAGAUGCUGAAUUGCUGGAGCUUGGAGUGUCAGAGUUUGUGCAUCAUAACCUGUUUCCUACCAUGAUUUGCAUCAUUAAUGUAUGACUGCAGAAUCAGAAGGCAUUUGAAAUGUCUUCCCCCUAACUGGAGAAAAAGAACAGUACAAAAGCCUCCCACACCACUUUCUAAACUUAAAGGCAUUAUUUUUAAAAUUACAUUGAGGUAAGAGAAAUUAUUCAGUCAAGUAAUAUGUACAUUUCCCAAUUACAUUCAGGUGCUGAGAAAACUUUCUUUUAAAAUAAAACUUGCAGGCAUCUGUUAUCAAAAGGUGAAAUGCUGAUGUCUUUUUCAAAGUACAGGGAAUAUCUUAACUGACAUAGUUUCUCUGUAGCUGUUCUCUACAUAAGGCUGGGGAAUAAUGCACUUUUUUUCUUUCUCUGCUUUUGUGCUCUUAAAAAUGUGAAUAUUUGUGGUUCUGUUUAGAAUUUUGGAAGAGGGACAUGGAGUGGAGGUCCGGAACUGUAAGGGGAUACUAAGUAGAAGGGACAGUGCCGAAUUGUGUAAGAGUAUCUGCAGAGACAUGAGCUGUCUUUGAGACAAGAGACUGCUUCCUCCUGAUGUCAGGGCGAGCCACACCUCAGUACUGAGUAUCCAGUGAUUUUCCUUUUUUAUUUAAUUCAUUUUUUUAAUUUCUCAGUGAUUAUACGUAUACUGUACUUGGAGUGAUGGCUGUGAAAUUUCAGCUGUUGGGCUGGUGUCGUAUUUCAUUAAUUGCCCUCCUUUAUCAAGAUUCUUAAGAAUAUUGAGAACACUUAUUGUACCGUGUCAUUAAGAGAAGACACAUUCUUACCCCUGUCAGCAAAUUGCAAUUCCCCACCCUUAUUACAUUUUCUUUAUUGAGCCUUAUGGAUAGUUUUAUUUCUUACAUUCCAUAAUUACUCUUUUGUUUGGAGAUGUGAAAGGAGGUGUUAUGUUUAAAACAGUGAAAAAUCAUGAUUGAUAUAGAUCUAGAGACAGGUGACAUUUGAAAGAAGUACCAAUUAGUACAGAGAGGUAGAACUGCUUGGUUAUUGUAUAUCCUUGAACAGGGUGUUGUAGCUGCAUUAAGGCUCUGCCUAAUUGUUGAUUUGAGGAAUAUAUGUUUGUAGUUUGUUGUAAAACUAUGAUCUAGUCCUUCCAUUCUCAGUCACUCGCAUUUACAAAUAGUUCAUCUUUAAGAAGUUGAACAGACUUGAAAUCAUUGUAGGUUUAGUUUGUCAUGUAUAUUGGCUGGUACAUAUUACUGAAUGACAUCUGCGAUCUUAACUUUUUAUAGCAUCGCCUCACAGCAAGACGUUGGCCCGUUCGAUUCUCAGCUAGAGCGUCUUCUGUGUGGAGGCAUGCAUGAAUGGGCGUGCCAGGGCUGGUAACUCGGCACGUAAAAAUCCACUACCAAAACAUUAGCGGACCGGACUUCCGCUGUGGCGACCCCUAACCGGGAUAAGCCGAAAAACACAACCCCUCUGAAGAACUUUCUAGCACUUUUUUAUGCAGGAUCAGGGCAAAACUUUACAGGUUUCAGCCAAGUGCAAGUAGAAAGAGAAGUUAAAUAAGGAUCGUUCUCUGUACUUUGAUGUUUUUUCUUGUCUGCUUUUAUUAGGAAAGUAGCUUGCAUAUUGACAUUCUUUUUUUUUUCUCAGGCACAAUACAUAAUGUGUUUCAGUAGGUUGGAAAAUUUUGACCUUUCUCUCAUGUAAAGUGGCUAAAAUUACGCCUCCUUUCUUUGAUAAUAAGUCUUGAUUUCUGACUUGUUACUGGUAAGGUUACAAGUUAAACACGAGUCUGAGCCAGUUUCUUUGGACUCCAGAAAAACUGUAAACUUGAGGGGAUGGGGUUCAACGUACACCCACCCACUCAUAUGACUAAAGUAGGCUUCCUUGCCUCUUUCAUACAGAUGAAACCAAGUCUUUUUGCAUUGGGAUUUGCAUCUGUAUUUGCUGGGCAAGUAGCUGACUCGUGUUUUUGUCAUGUUUAAAUUUCAUGACAUGCACUAGAAUUUGUUAUAUUAGAAGGUCAGUAUGCCAUUUGCUGUUGAGAAAUGUUAACACAACUUUGUCAGAAUAGUUAUGUGAUAUAACAGACACUUAAAGCUAGAAAAUUGUUACUGAUUAGUUUAAAUAUUUUAUUAGUACAUAUUCUGUUUACAACACCCAAAGUUUUUGAGUACCCUUUCAUCCUAGUACAUUGUUUCUGCAACAUCAAGUUGGUAUUUUUUCCAUUAGUUUUGCAGUCAAAUGAGACAUCAUGUCAGAAGGUUACAUAACCAUGGAGAUACGGGAGCUGCAGUUUUUAUGCAGUAUUCAUGGUUUUCUCUUUCUUCAUGGCUGUGCAACUUCAGAUUUAGUUAAGUAUAAGUAACAGGGCUUUUGGAGGGUUCAGGGUUCUUCCCUGUAAAAAAACAUGCUUUACUUUGACAUUCCUUGCAAGGAUCUGAGCAUUUUAAGUGAUGAAAUGUGGCAUUCUUUUUGUUGGUAUUUGUAUCAGUUUCAAGAGUUGAUUGAGCUUUUCUACAGCAAGAUUUGCUGAGCUGUCUUAUGGUAAAAGUGGGGUAGAGCCCCUGUUUUAUAUCUCCAAACAUGGCGCCUGAAAAAAGUACUGUUAAAACUGAUUACUUACAGAAACAAAUAUGACUACAUUCCAUCUGCUUUCAUAGUAAAAUGUAACAAAAUGAAUAUUUUAAAUAGUUGCUAGAGAAGACUGGAAAUGCCAUUCUAAAGUGAUAUACAAGCUGAUGUAUGCAUACUUUGACUUGUUAAAGUACAGGGUACUCUGUGUAAGCAGAAUGCAGGUAGUACCAGAUGUUUGCAACAGUAAAUCACCAAUAUUGAAUCAGUAUCUGUUUUAACUAGGGAGCAAUCUGCAGCAUUACAUUUUAUCCAAGUCUGAGGUUGCAGUACAUCAGGGAGGGAGGAUUAUAUGUAUUCACCCCUGUAUUAUUCACCCCUCUAGCAGUCUGCAUCUUCAGAAUUAAAAUGUAAUGGGAAGGAGUUGUAGGGGUGCAAGUCAUGUGCAAGUCGUGUUGUCCAACCGCAGAAUGUUUUUGACAGAGGCAGAAAUACAUGCAAAGUAUAGUAUUCUGUGCUUUGAUAAGCUGAACGCAUGCACACGUGGGUAAAUAUGUAUACACACACACACAGACGUAUGCUAAACAGUUUAGUCAGGUAAGUCAGAUUUUCUGCAGCCUUCAUUUCUAAUUUUAGUGUGCAGCAUUCUGUCUGUUAAAGGGGGGGGGGGGGUGUAAGUAAAUUGAUCGGCUGUGGAAGGCAGAGGCCUGGCACUCUGGUGGUAUGAGCUACAUGAAAAUGUUAAUGCUAUAGGGAAUCUGAUUAUCUGAUUUUGGGUGUACUGCACAGACGAAUGUGAGAGUAGGCAUUACUUUCAUUUGCAAAGUACAUAAAUGGUGCGAUUAAAAUAAGUAGAUCAUAAUCUGCCUUGCAACUGCAGUUUUAGACCUGAAUUUUUCAUGACAGUAACAGAAACAUUGGCAGUUUUGUCUUGCAUCAUAAUGUUUUAUUACAAUACCUAAAGUCUGUUUGCUUUGGUUUGU